AUGAUAGAGCCGAGCGUCAUUCUUCCAAUCAAAGACAACGGAGGCGGCAGCGAGGGCAGCAAGUUGACAGUCGCAUUCAAACUGUCCUUGGAAGCAGUACAGUUGAUCACCGGCACCAUGGGCAUGUUUCUGAUCGCAGCAGCAGGUACUGUGGGGUCAGACCAACACCUCGUGUGGCUGUUUGUCACCUACAUCACUCUCUUUCUCUUCUCUUUGCUCGUGUGGAUCCUGUUGAAUCCAGAAUCCGCCCCGAGUUUUGCCCAACAACACUCGGGUAAGCUGCUGGCCGCCGCCUACCUCCUCAGAGUCCUCACUUUGGCUUUCCAAGCAUGGUGUGGCCUCAUCCUGCUGAACCAUCUCGGAGCAGCCAUCCCAGCUUUGCUACCCUCACACCUCUCAGCGAGUUGUGGUAAAUAA